AUGGACAGUGACGUUAGCCAAAAUGGCGAGACAAAGGCGACUUUCCAAAAUAAGGAGAACACACUGAAUGGUCUCACUACAGUCCCGACAUCGGUGACACUGUCUUCUGAACAGUUUGAAAGGCUUUAUCUGACUCCUAUGACGGUUCGUCAAUCCCCACUAGCUAAGAAGGUUGGAAAUCCGACACCAUUUGGACCUAUCGUCUUUCUUGGUGGUCUUUUGCUGCUCAUCACAAGUAUCCUAGAGUUCAUCAUCGGAAAUACUUUUCCCUGUGUCGUUUUUGGCACUAUUGGCGGGUUUUGGUUCGCGUUUGCAGCUACAAUGAUUCCUGCUUUUAAUGCAGCCGCCCCAUAUUCCUCUUCAGGUACCGAUACAGCUGCUGGGCUAGCCAGUGAAGCCUUUAUGAAUACAUAUGCAUUUCUAUUCAUAACAAUGGCUGUUUUGAUGUUAAUCUUCCUGAUUUGUUCAACACGCAUCAAUGUGGUAUACACAGCGAUUUUCCUGUUUCUGCUCUUGGUUUUCCUCCUUCUGUCUUCGGCCUAUUGGCAGUUAGGCCAAGGCAAUGCAGCUAUUGGGGGUCGAUGUGUAAAAGGUGCCGGAGCGUCGCUAUUUGUUGCCAGCUUACUCGGAUUCUACCUGUUGAUUAUUCAAUUGUUUGAGUCCGUAGCGUUCCCACCCUUUUUGCCAGUUGGAGACUUGUCAACAUUUUGGACCCGCAAUCAAGACAAAGGAGAGCGAGAUGAUGUUGAACGGCCAGCUACCGUUCUCUAG